AUGGUGAGGCAGAUCAUGCUGAUCCCGGCGGGCCGGAGGGACAGUCAAACUGGGUUCAAGAACGUGUCCUACAAUCCCCACAAGAACAAGUAUCAGGUCAAGGUCAAGGUCGGCACCAAACAGUACUCGCUCGGCCUCUUCAGCACCGCCGAGGAGGCGCAGCCGACCAACCGCCGCCACACACGCCAGGUGUGCAACAGGGGCGAGCUAAGGUACAUCCCCCUCGGCACCUUCUAUUCGGCCGAGUCGGCGGCUCUCGCCUACGCUCGCUCAGAGUACGGCCGCGCCGACGCCACCAGCAUCAUGCAGGCAGCGCAGCAGCAGCAGCAGCAGCAGCAGCAGCACGCAGCAGCAGCAGCAGCAGCAGCACGCAGCCUCUGGCCUCUGCCUAGCUAG